UCAUGGCUGUCGUAUUCGACCACGGCCCAUUGGAUUUCUCCGCGACGCGGACGAUGGUGGCAUACGCUGAUUGCUCGGGCACUGUUUUGCGGCACAGCGCAGAGGCGUAGCUCCAUCUUGAGGAUCUCCACUUACCAGGAGGACUUUCUUCGAAUUUGCCUGGAAGGGUGGCAGUCGUGCAGGGAAUAUGGGAGGUGGCCUGGACGCCUCACCCAGCUUCAACAUGCCGUUAAGAAUUAGGGAUUCCCAAGAGUUCCCCAACAUCAAGCUCCCUCGCCAUCCUCAGGCCUCUGCUCCACCUUCUGAAUCCCUCCGUCAUUCACGGCUUCUUACGCAGACUGCUUCUAACCGAGCCGGUACUGCUUAUGGGAUGGGUUCUGCUCUGGGAAAGGAGGAUCGAGAGAGGAGAACAGGGCACAUUCAGGUCGAUAGGCUGCUCAAAUACGGCUCAAGGGCCCGGAGGAAAGAAGUCAAAAUCCUCAUGCUAGGGGCUGGUGACUCGGGAAAAUCCACUGUGCUGAAGCAACUAAAACUCAUCAACGGAGGUGGUUAUUCCGUUGACGAACGCUGGUGUUUCAAGGCCAUCAUCUUCACCAAUAUCGUUCAGGCGAUGCAAGCCAUCUUGGAAGCGAUGGACGUCUUUGGCAUCCCGUUCACAAACCUCACGGUAGACCGGCACGCGUCAGCAAUCUUGUCACAAGGACAAAAAAUCACGGCCACAGCGCUAUCUCCUGAGAUAUACCUCGCGGUCAGUGUGCUUUGGGCCGACCCGGGCGUGAAGACGUGCUUUUCUCGCUGCAGCGAGUUCCAAGUCUGCGAUUCUGCACAGUACUACUUUGACUCGAUCGAUCGAAUUGCCGCUUCAGACUUCGUGCCCAAUGACCAAGAUAUCCUCCGGUCCCGGCACAAGACCACGGGCGUCGCCGAGUUCGCCUUUGCAGCCAACAAGGACACCAUCUACCGUGUCAUCGACGUCGGAGGGCAGCGGUCCGAAAGGAAGAAGUGGAUGCACUACUUCGAGGAGGUAGACCUGGUCCUCUUCCUGGUGGCCCUGUCUGAGUACGACCAGGCCCUCUACGAGGACGGCUCCGUCAACCGGCUGCAGGAGGCCAUCGACCUGUUCCGCAACGUGUGCGAUUCGCGCUGGUUCACGAACACCGCGGUCCAACUGGUUUUCAACAAGACCGAUCUCUUCCAGGAGAAGCUGCUUCGCUCGCCCCUCGAGGCCCACUUCCCGGGCUAUCAAGGCGGCUCCGACUACGCGGCUGCUUGCCAGUACAUCUCGGACAGAUUCAGGUCGCCAGGCCAGCCGAGACAUGCGGACUCCUUCAUUUGCGCGACGGACACGCCGCAGGUCACGACGUUAAUGGGCAGAAUCGUGGGCAUGUUGUGAAGAGUAUUUCUCCCAGCAGCCUGGUGGGGGAACGCAUACCCUUUCUGAACACUGAAGCAUCCAUGAGCGGCAAGAAGAACCCAAGCAAAUCACUAUUUCUGAAACACAACACAAGAGGUAUCUGAAGUUGACCGGAGAUCAUCCGCCUUCUUUUAAUUGGGGACCCGAGAAAAACCCUGUUCGCUGUUCCGGCGAACAAAUCUACUACGAAAAAUCACCCGGGCGCGAAGCACUUACUCCUUGAUGUGAAUUGACCGCCAACAUAACAAAUCAUACUUCAUCGAGAUCCAAAUCAUCCCACUUCUCCAGCAGAUAUUCCAGCCCGAUGUUAUCCAUGGUUGCCCUCACCUUCUGAUCCACGUCCAUCCUGGUGUCAUAGUCGGCCAGCAAGCGGUAGCACUCGUCGGACAGGACGACGCCGUUCUCCUUGACCUUGUGUCGCAACAAACGCAGGACUCCCCGACUCACGCGGAACCUCCGGCUCGCCGCGCGAAGGAUGACGCACAGUUUGAAGAAGGCCUCCUGAGACUCGGGUCGGUCGUUCAGCUGUUCGAGCAAGGUGAACGCCGCGAUGGUCGCAGGCUGCAUGAUAAUGACGGGGAAGUGGUCUGCGCCCCAAUUCAGCCGGAUCUGUUCGAGGAGGUUGCUGAUAUUUUUGGACGCUGCUAUGCACACUUCCAUCCAGUGGCUCUGCGCGCUAGAUUGUGGCGUCUCUGCCAGUGACGGCCGGCUCGAGUGUCCGGCGUCGAGGGCAGCUGUUUGCUUAGAAAUUGUCACGUUGACCCAACUGUGAAGUGCGCUACCAACAACCGAAAAAAUAGGCAGAGAAGGUUAGCACUGAGGCAACCUUGGCUUCUUGAUGUACGGUCUGAAAGGGGGCAGAAAGGAUCAACCCUUGUUUUGACCAAGAUUAGGGCAGUGGCUGCGUGUCAUUACGCGAGCGAAGCAAAAGAUUCCCAACUUACUGUAAGGCAAUGACAUGGGGCAUGGCCCUGUCAUGCAGUUUCAUGCACCCGGGGAGAUGCGCCGGCCAGUCUUCCACCUCGUGGUAGACCUUUGCAAACUUGUCCUUGGCAACUUCGCUGUCGCUUUGCUGUUUCUCUUCGAACAGCGUCUCGUCCAAGGUGGCCUUCUCCGCGAGUGAGAUGAAGGCGAGGUAGUGGCAGGUGGGGUGCCACUCGACGCUCGUGUAGGGGAUCGGGUACGGGGUCCAGCACACGGGCUGGUGUUGUGCACAGCCGACGGAGUGGGAGGUGGGUUUCGGUCGCGACGGCCGGUCAAAGACCCGGACCUGCUUCAACGCGAGGCCGAUGAGGGGAUUGAGCGCGUACAGGGUCCACUCGAGUUGACACAGGCAGAAGUCGAUUUUGGCCAGGAACUCGGGGGUCAUGGAGGACCUUUGGGCGAUCCUUUGCCGCCACUUGUUCAGGCUCUUGGAGAGGAAGAUUUGCUGGUACAGGACGCCGUUCCCUAGUUUGUCUUGACCGUUUAUGUUCAGGCUGGAGGGACGAAAGAGAACCUCUUUGUGAGCGCAAAGACAAAGAGACUGGAAAGGGGGAAAACCGGGUAACACCAACGACGUACUAUGUCCAUUGCACCCCCAAAGUCGCCACCAUGGCCAGCGACACUUCGCCUUCUUGGGCAUCCAGCCCCCUUCUGGCUUCGUUGUAGAAAUGCUCCCG